AUGUCUUUCGUUUGGGUCCAGCAGUGGUUUGCGCUUCCGAUUGUCGUCGAAGGACAGAUGGGUGAUUUACCGCCCGAUUCACGAUCCCGUACCAUGGACUUCACCGCAGCUGGUCUUGCGCGUGAUGACCAGCAUGUGCCCCUACUAUCUUCAUCGCCUUACAAGGCGCAGGACAAUAACACCCCAUUUUACUCCCAGCUGAGCUCCAUUCCCCAGGGACAGCACCGACCUGACCAUCCUUCAUCCGCACAAGCAACACCAUAUUAUUCGUCGCAACAACAUGAAGCUUCCGCAUUCAAGAUGGGCGCAAUGGCUGGCGCAUUGCCCGACUACGGCUCCGACACGCAUCACCAGUCUUCGCAGUCCGUUCCCCGUUCGCUGUCCGGCGCGUCGACAUCUGCUCUCGUCUAUCAGCUCGGACAGAACUUGCAAAUACCUACGUACGCUUCCGGCAAUAUGCCUGUACACCCUUCCUAUAACUCAGGCUAUGCAACGAGUCCUUACCAACAAGGCUACAUGCCAUCGCAAAGUACACAAAGUGGGGUCUACCCUACGUACAAUCCAAAUCAGUCACGGAUCCAGGGCGUCGCUCCGAUGCAGAACCCUUACCAGCAAUACCCGCAAUCCUCUCAGUAUAUGUAUUAUCCGGCCCCUUAUGGAGCUCAAGGGCAGUACCCUGCAGGAUAUGCAGCGCAAGGCGUACAGAGUCAGACAAUGUUUGGAAGGAGACCCAGUUUGGUGACAGCCCCAACCGGCGUCCCUAGUCAGAACGUGGAACUGUCACCUCAUGAGGGCAGCUACACGGGCGCGCGAAUGGUGCAUGGUGACCCGCCUGCUGCAUUCGGCGCACCAUUCUAUCAAGGACCGGGAAUGCCUCGCCCUGCUUCUGUUAGCUCAAUUCCUCGUGGACCUCCUCGAAAACCGAAGCAGUCAGGUCACGCUCUUUGGGUGGGAAAUCUUCCACCGGGUACGACAGUGGUGUCACUGAAAGACCACUUCUCUCGCGAGGCUACCAAGGACAUAGAGAGCCUUUUCUUGAUUUCUAAAAGCAACUGCGCUUUCGUCAACUACCGAACCGAAGCCUCAUGCACUGCUGCCAUGCACAGAUUUCACGACUCGCGAUUCAACGGAGUGCGCCUUGUCUGUCGACUGCGCCGUAGCUCAGCACCAGCAUCGGGGGUACCUACCGGCCCCUCGGCUAUGGUAGGCACACAGCAGGUCAGCGCGUCCCCGCAUAUGUCUCCCAAGCAAGAUGGCGAAGCCGUGGAUGGCUUGCAAGAUGGAGUUUCAGAGUUACCGGCACAUCAGAGCGGCGAUGAGACUCCUGCCAAAUCCACAGCCGCUAACAAAUACUUCAUUGUUAAGAGUCUUACCCUGCAAGACCUUGAACUCAGUAUACGAAACGGCAUCUGGGCCACCCAGUCUCACAACGAAGACGUAUUGAACAAGGCCUACCAGUCGGCAGAGAAUGUCUAUCUGAUCUUCUCGGCCAACAAGUCCGGGGAGUAUUUUGGCUAUGCUCGCAUGACAUCACCCAUCCUAGAAGACGGUUCAGAGCUCAUAGGAUCGGCACCGAAAGCUGAGAACAUAAUGGACGCACCAGACGUACCAAAGUCGAUCCCUACACCGGCAACGGAAUGGGCACCAAGGGGAAGAAUCAUUGACGACUCAGCCCGAGGAACAAUCUUCUGGGAAGCAGAACUGUCCGACUCAGAGGCUGAAGAAGAGGUGACCGAAAAGGUCGAGACCCAAGUUGAUGGAGAUUCACCCGUCGUCGCGCAGAGCUGGGGCAAACCCUUCAAGGUUGAAUGGCUCUCUGCAACCCGCCUUCCUUUCUAUCGCACUCGUGGUCUCCGUAACCCUUGGAAUGCAAACCGCGAGGUCAAGAUCGCAAGGGACGGCACUGAGCUCGAACCCAGCGUCGGUGAACGUUUGAUUCAAAUGUUUCACCGUCUGGGUCCAUCGAAUUCUGGGGUCCCGAUGAUACCACCCGUACAACUGGGCGGACCUGUCAUCCCUCAGAUGAGGCCCUUUUGA